CCAAAUCCAAUCCUCCAGUUUUUCUGAUCCACGAGUUUGAAAUUGGGUGUCUCUGCUUUUAAUUGGAUCUGAUCCGAUCGAAUUCGAUUGUAAUUUGGAUCCCAUGGAGAAUCACGAGGAGGAGAACGGUGUUUGCAAGGCGGAAUCUGUUGAUGGGAGCCUUGAUGUUUGGAGUUGUCAGAAUUCUGAUUCUUCUUCCGCUGAUCACCUUGUCGUUAUGGUUCAUGGGAUCUUAGGAAGUACGGAUGAUUGGAAGUUUGGAGCUGAGCAAUUCGUCAAAAAGCUUCCUGAUAAAGUCUUUGUUCACUGUAGUGAAAAGAAUGUGUCUGCGCUUACUCUAGAUGGUGUGGAUGUAAUGGGUGAACGUCUAGCAGCUGAGGUUCUUGAUAUUAUUCAAAGAAGACCAAAUAUCCGUAAAAUCUCCUUUGUUGCACAUUCUUUGGGAGGGCUUGCAGCAAGAUAUGCAAUUGGGAAAUUGUACAAGCCUGCUAGUCAGGAAGAUGGGAAAGACUCGUUAGCGGAUAGUAGUGAAGGGCCUCCCAAAGGCACAAUAUGUGGACUCGAGGCUAUGAACUUUAUUACUGUAGCUACACCACAUUUGGGUUCUAUGGGUAAUAAACAGGUUCCGUUUCUCUUUGGUUUUUCUUCCAUUGAGAAAGUUGCAGGUCUCAUUAUCCACUGGAUAUUUAAAAGAACGGGCCGUCACCUUUUCUUGAAAGAUGAAGAAGAGGGAAAACCACCCUUGUUGCGACGCAUGGUGGAAGAUACCGAUGAUUGUCAUUUCAUAUCUGCACUGCGAGCCUUCAAAAGGCGGGUGGCUUAUUCAAAUGUCAGCCAUGAUCACGUCGUUGGCUGGAAGACGGCAUCUAUUAGACGUGACUGUGAAUUGCCUAAGUGGGAAGAUUCUCUGAAUGAGAAGUAUCCUCAUAUUGUUUACGAAGAACUCUGCAAGGCAUGUGAUGCUGAGGACAUACCAGAAGGCGAGAAUCAUUCAGACGACAUAGAAGAAGAAAUGAUCAAAGGCCUCUCCUCUGUCUCAUGGGAGAAAGUUGAUGUUAGCUUUCACAGUAGCAGGCAGAGGUUUGCUGCCCAUAGUGUUAUACAGGUUAAAAAUGAAGAUAUGCAUAUAGAAGGAGCAGAUGUCAUAGAGCAUAUUAUCGAUCAUUUCCAUGCUUAAAUCAGUAAACUUUUCAUCACCAAAGAGUCUGGGACCCGAUAAUUAAGGACUUAAGUUUCUUAUAGUAAAGCAACAAUUUUCCACUGGACGUUUAUAUGUCACGUAGUUGUUUACACUAUAAAAUCAUCUCAUUUUCUCUGUAAUUGCACAGGUAGCAAGACGUCGAUUAUGACCAAUGUAUUUGAUACUUGGUAUUAGCAGCAAAGCAAAUCUUGUUCAAUUCAAUUGUAUCAUGUAUUCAUGGAUAUUUUGCAAUGGAAAGUAUAAAAUAGCGUACUUUAA